GGUGGUAGGGAGGGGGAGGAGAGAGAGAGAAAGACAGAGAGAGAGUGUCGGAUAAUUGGAUUAAGGGAGCAAGAGCGAGGAGUAAAGAGAAACAGACAGAGUGAGAGACAGAGCUGGGGUACACCUGACCGUAAGAAGGGAGGGUAGCUCCUCUGCCAGCCACAUACACACGUUUGCACACACACACACACACACUCACACGUUUGCACACACACAUACAAACACACAGUGCAAACAGGCAGAGGCAGUGAGCCAGGCAGCAGAGAGCCUGUCGACCAGCAGCCAUGACAGACACCGAUACUCUGAGCGAGGCACUAAAGGCUAUCAGUGUGAGUACGGAGCUGAUUGAUGAGGAGCUCAAGCCUCAUUUGGACACAGUGCUGGCUAGUCUUUUGGAAAAGAAAAAGGAUGCUGCUGUGGAGAUUGCCAGAAGCGGGAUUUUACCCACACUGGCUCAGGCCUUACGGAGUAAAAGCCACCUGAGCUGCCAGGUGGCUCUGGUGGUAGCAGAGAUGGCCAGGGAAGCUGCAGUGAGGGAGCCGUGCAUUGAGGCAGGCCUGGUGAAGGUGCUGGUUCCCCAUCUGAACAGCAAUAACCAGGAGAUGUUGCUGAACACUGGCAGGGCCAUCGGACGCAUCUGUUUUGACAACUCAUACCAACAGGACCAGUUAAUCCAGAAUGGUGUAAUCCCCAGACUGGUGUCCAUUAUAAGGGAGUACCCAGAGAACGACCCCCUGGUCAACGUCUGCCUGCUGGCCCUCUGUAACCUGGCUGACAUGGACUCUGCGAGGGAUGCCCUGGCAGAACAGGAUGUGGCAGAUGUACUAACGUUCCAGCUGAAACGAGCAUCUGAUGCAGAGCGCCGACAUGUCAUCCUGGAAAUACUGGGCUCGCUGGGUGAGAGUGAUAUACUGAAGCUGCAGUUUGCUGAGUCAGGAGUACCAGAGGCUUUAUCAGAGAUGAUUCGGAGUUUGCAGGGAGGUUCUGACCCCCAUGACCUCUGCAGCAUCAAGAUUGCCUCCAACCUCAUCGUGUCCUUGCUUUUAGGAGAUGAAUCUAUGCAGAAGUGUUUUGGUGAGGGAACAGGUCUGGUGUAUCAGGAUGUUUUGUCCUGGCUGCAGAGCUCCAAUACCCAGCUGCAGCUGUCUGGAGCCCUGGCCAUCGCCAACUUCGCCAGGAACGACAGUAACUGUGUGAAGAUGCUGGACCUUGGUGUGGUUCCUCACAUCCUGACCUUGUUGGAACAGCAUGUUGACGAAGGAGACGUGUCUGUUCAACAUGCUGGACUGAGCGCGCUCAGAAAUCUGGCCAUUCCUGCCACCAACAAAGUGCGGAUGCUGGAUGACGGGGUGACUGAGCGAAUAAAGACCCUGCUGCGCUCUGACAUGCCACCAGUUCAGUUCAAACUGCUGGGUACACUACGCAUGAUGGUGGAUGGACAAGAGGAGGCAGCUUUGGUGCUGGGCAGAGAUGCUGUGCUGCUGGCUCGGGUCAUGGAGUGGUGUGAAGCUAAAGACCAUGCAGGAGUCCGAGGAGAAGCCAGUCGCCUCUUGGCUGCCUUCAUCAGACACAGCCGUAGCCCUGAAGUUGUCCUUGCUGUAGCCAAAGCAGAUGGGGUUCGGCACCUAAUCUCCAUGGCAACAAGUGAACAUGUCAUCAUGCAGAACGAGGCCCUAGUUGCCCUGGCAAUAGCAUCUGCAAUUGACAUUGAGUCUAUGAAGGAUCCGUUCAGGGAGGCGGAGCUGUUGCCCAUGCUGAAAAAGAUGUUGGAGGAUCCUGUAGGGGCGGUCGAAGUCAAGUUCAGUGCUUUGGGUCUCAUCUGCAGCCUGGCUAACUCCAGUGUGAUGAAGGAGGAGUUGAACUCUGUGAACAUGAAGGAAAGCCUCAGUAAACUGACAGAUCACAGCAGCAGUAAACUUGCCUCGCAGGCCGGCUCCAUACUGGCCACUCUCAGUGACACCUGCUAAACCAGCACACUGCGGCAACACAGGAUCUCAUCUGCUGUAUGGAUUUAUCCAUCUUAUUCAGUGACAUACCUUCAUUCAAAUGAUCUUACUGCACAGAUACUGCUAAAUAUUGAAAUGGCUUCUAAAAAUGUUAACCUGUUAUUUGGCAAUAUUACUCAUUACUCAAGGACAAGCAAAACUACAGACCAAAGGGAUUCAUUCAGUCAGGAGCAUGAUGAUCAACAUUUUCCAUGGCAAAUUACCAGAUAGAUCAUGAGACAUCCUAUGUGCAAAGUUAUUGGACUGAGACUGGAGAUAGAAGAAAGUUCACUGUGUCCAAAAUGGAGAGGGUUUAUGUGAAUAUGAGUGUACUCAAUACGUUUCAGAGUAACCUGUCAUCAGAUUUUGACAUUUCUUUUAGACAAAUGUACAGUAAAUGUAGUGUCAAUAAUAGCAGUAGAGGAGAGAUUGGGGGUCUGCAAAAACAGAGGCAUUCAUUGUCUGGGGAUCAUGAAUAUCCACCGAAAAUGUUAUUAAAAAUCUAGUCUUAAGUUUUUAAAAUAAUAACAAUAAUAACAAAGAUGUUUUCUGACAUUAAAAGGAAAGGCAAAGACGGAAAUCAAAUUAUGGACUUCACAUUAUUCUGAGGAGAAUAAAUGUCACUGCAGUCUGGCAAUCAGUAGUCUUGGUCCAAGUGACUGAUGUCACUUUCAUUUGAGGUCAAAAACAUUGGGGCAAGAGAUUUAAGAUCAGAUAAGAUAAUCCUUUAUUAGUCCCACAGAGGGGAAAUUUGCAUCAUUACAGCAGCAAAAGGGAUUGUGCAAACAAGAAGCAUCAGCACCAAAACACAAAGCAAUAUAAUAAGUACAUAUCAGUAAAAAAAAAAAAAAAAAAAAGAAA